GUGUCCGAACCAAAACAGGAACAUUAUGAUGAUCAUAGACUACUUUUACAUAUUACAAAUAAUAAGUCCUUCAUUAAAGUGUAUCAUUCACAAGUUUCUUCCACGUGGACACACACACAUGGAAGCUGAUCAUAUCCAUGCACUUAUCGAACGAGUUAUAAAAAAACAACCAACCAUGAAAAUAUGUACGCCAUGGGAUUGGCAGCAAGAUCAACCGGAGCCACAGUUUUCGAGAUGCAAACUUCAAGAACUUCGAGGCCUUAUAUUCCGGCACAGGAUCACCUCUCAUUCAAAAGAAACAGACAAAGAAAGCUUUUUAGUGUCAUCAGCGGUGUGGCUUGAGGUUCGAAAACAGGAUCCAGGGAUACUCUAUUAUAAAACAGGCAUACUCCAAGAGGACUACAAAAUACAAUUUCCAGCGAGCAACAUACAAGUCGGUGAUGGGAAAGUUCCCCAGCAUCCAAAACCAUUGUGCCGAGAAGCUCCCAAUCUCUUCGCCUCUUUAGACAUCUUCCAUUUUUCUGGGAAUUCCACUCCAAACAAUAGAGAAUCAACUGGACACGCCUCUAAGAUGUCUUUUAUGGAUGAGUCCAAAGAUGGAACGAUUAGAGCUCCAUGUUUUUCUGAACAACCGAACAACGGAAAGCAUGUAAGAAACUGCUUAGGGAAAAGGAGAGGAAAGAUAAAGAAAGACAGUUUUGUGAAAUAG